CCUCCAUUGACCUCUUCCUCCCUUUCUUCUUAUCCCCACACUCUUUUGCCCCGCCACUUCUGCAUCGCCUUUCAUCAUGGAAGCUAUCAAGCAGACUUUCGCGAAGUGCAAAGCACAGAAACGUGCGGCCCUUGUGGCCUACAUUACUGCAGGAUAUCCCACCGUCGAGGAGGCUGUUGAUAUCCUCCUUGGUCUCGAAAAUGGUGGCGCCGAUAUUAUCGAACUUGGCAUUCCUUUCACAGAUCCCAUCGCUGAUGGCCCAACCAUUCAGACCGCUAAUACAAAGGCACUUGAGAAUGGUGUCACCCUUACUACCGUCCUUGAGCUCGUCCGUACUGCCCGCAGCCGGGGUCUCCAGACCCCUCUGAUGCUCAUGGGUUACUUCAACCCUGUCCUCAAAUAUGGCGAGGAGCGUAUGCUCCGUGACUGCAAGGAGGCUGGUGUCAAUGGUUUCAUCAUGGUUGACUUGCCCCCCCGAGGAGGCUGUCCGUUUCCUCUCUCAUACGUUCCCCUUAUCGCCCCCGCCACCUCCGAUGCUCGCAUGCGUCUCCUCUGCAAGAUCGCAGAUAGCUUUAUCUACGUUGUUUCCCGCAUGGGUGUGACUGGUGCCACUGGCUCAUUGAGCGCCAAUAUCCCCGAGCUUCUCAGCCGUGUUCAUGAAUAUUCUGGCAAUGUCCCUGCUGCAUUGGGAUUCGGCGUCAGCACCCGUGAGCACUUCUUGUCUGUCCAGGAGCAGGCCGAGGCUGUUGUCAUUGGUAGCCAGAUUAUCACUGUCGUUGGCAAGGCCCCUGCUGGCCAGGCCGCCAAGGCUGCCGAGGAGUACCUCUCCGGUAUUACCGGACGCAAGCGUGAGCGUGAUGCCGCCGGCGCCUUCACUCGCGAGAUCAACGUUCUGGAGGCCAUUGAGAAGGCCCAGCCUUCUGGUCAGGUUAAAGCUACCAAAGUUAUUACUGAUGCCGACACCCCCGCCGGACCUGGUCUUGCUGACCAGAUUGAGGCCCUCAACGUGACAAAGGAUGUAUCCUCUCAGCCCUCGCGAUUCGGCGAGUUCGGUGGACAGUAUGUCCCUGAGUCCCUUAUGGAUUGCUUGGGCGAGCUCGAACGCGGCUUCAAUGUUGCCAAUAAUGACCCCAAGUUCUGGGAAGAAUUCCGUUCCUACUACCCGUACAUGGGCCGUCCUAGCAGCCUUCACAUGGCCCAGCGUUUGACUGAAGAGGUUGGCGGUGCCAACAUCUGGUUGAAGCGUGAGGACCUCAACCACACUGGAAGCCACAAGAUCAACAAUGCUCUUGGUCAAAUUUUGAUUGCCCGUCGCUUGGGCAAGACCCGCAUCAUUGCCGAGACUGGUGCUGGCCAGCACGGUGUUGCUACCGCCACAGUUUGCGCCAAGUUUGGCAUGGCCUGUACCGUUUUCAUGGGUGCUGAAGAUGUGCGCCGCCAAGGGCUCAACGUCUUCCGUAUGAAGCUCCUCGGUGCCUCCGUCGUCGCUGUUGAGGCUGGAAGCCGCACCCUUCGUGAUGCAGUUAACGAAGCUCUCCGCGCCUGGGUCGUUGAACUUGACACCACUCACUACAUCAUCGGCUCCGCCAUUGGACCCCACCCCUUCCCUACCAUCGUCCGUACGUUCCAAUCCGUGAUCGGAAACGAGACCAAGGAACAGAUGCAGGCCCAGAUUGGCAAGCUCCCCGAUGCCGUCGUCGCCUGUGUUGGUGGUGGUUCCAACGCUGUCGGAAUGUUCUACCCCUUCUCCAAUGAUCCUAGCGUCAAGCUCAUCGGUGUCGAGGCUGCCGGAGACGGUGUCGAUACCAACCGCCACUCUGCGACCCUUUCUGGCGGUUCCCACGGCGUCCUCCACGGUGUGCGCACCUACGUCCUGCAGAACGAGCACGGCCAGAUCUCGGAUACUCACUCAAUCUCCGCUGGUCUCGAUUACCCCGGUGUCGGUCCCGAGCUGAGCAACUGGAAAGAUUCCAACCGAGCCACCUUCAUCACUGCGGACGAUAGCCAGGCCCUUGCUGGUUUCCGUGCUCUCGCCCAACACGAGGGUAUCAUCCCUGCAUUGGAGUCCUCGCACGCCGUCUGGGGUGUCAUGCAAAUCGCCAAGACAAUGGAGAAGGGCCAGAACAUCGUUCUGAACCUGAGUGGUCGUGGUGACAAGGAUGUUCAGCAGGUCGCUGACGAACUUCCCCGCCUGGGUCCUAAGAUCAACUGGGAUCUGCGUUUCUAG